ACCGAACAUGGCUGCUCACCCAUACGGCCUCCGAAGUCGCCUGAAUAGCCAGACACCCUCCCUUCGUGCGACUCCCACAGGGUCACCGGUCGUUGGCAAAACACCGUCUGGAAUCAAUCGGAAACCACGAUCGUCAGACAUUACCCUACAGUUGCAACGAGUCAUUGGGACCACCACGAAUAGCCCAAAUGGCCUCACAUGCUGCGCAUCGACGAGCAGCUAUGCCUAUUGCGCCGGUGCCGUCGCCGUCCUCGCAAGGCUGGAACCAGGCACCACUCCUUCCCACCGAUACUUCAAAGCCCGACCGACGGCUCACUCACUACAUCCUCCUACGUCUCACUACGACAGCUCCCCUGCCACCACACCCUCGAAGAGGAGGACGGCCACAUUUACCCCCAGGAAGCGGCAGGAUGACUUUGCAGGAGGCGGUUCAUUUGGAAGAGAAUGGCUGGACGAGUCCGGGUCCCAGACAUGGACGGCAAGAGAAAGGAUCAAGUCUGCGUCAUGUGUGGCCCUGAGCCAAGAUGGUCGAUGGCUUGCGGUCGGCGAAUCUGGCUACAACCCUAGGGUGCUCCUCUUUUCUACCGCCGAAGACGCCUCCACCGAGACACCGACCUCUGUCGUCAGUGACCACACCUAUGGAGUGCGCUGCAUAGCCUUCAGUGCCGACAUGAAGUUUCUCGCAACCUUGGGCAACCUCAAUGAUGGCUUUUUAUUUGUGUGGUCUUUGAAUUCCAAGACGGGGCAACUAACCCUUCAUUCGGCGAACAAAUGCACGACCAAUGUCUGUGACAUGACUUGGUGCGGCACCAGCCUGAUAACCGUUGGUACAAGGCAUAUCAAGAUCUGGCAAGCGAAGGAGACACCGAAACAAUCCCCCUCUAAAAAGCCCAGAUUCUUUAGGGCAUCGGACGCUUACGCCACGAGCCCUGGUGCGCCUUCGGGACCGGCCCCUUUACAAGGCCGGAACUGUCUGUUGGGUUCCAUGGUCGAUUCAACCUUCACCUGCGUGGCUGCCAUUGAUGGUUGUCUGGCAGUCGUGGGAACCGAAACCGGGCAUCUUUGCCUGGUGGAUACUUCUCAGACGGUGCUUGAAUUGAGACUUCUCAGGAAGACCGACUUCUCGAUAUCUUCCAUUGCCUAUUUGACAGACACUAAGAGGUUGCUCCUCGGUACAUCUCACGGCUUACAGUCGGAAGAUUUUGAACUUUUGAUGAAGUCCGGCGUUGAUUCGCCCAGCAGAAUGUUACGACGUAAACCCCCUCGACUCUCUUCUAUCCGACGAUCACUCGGCCUGGUCCAACAAACUGCGAAAAGUGUUACGGCGGUAGGCACUUUGCCCGAGCACAUAAUCACACUUGACAGCGACGGCAGUUUGCAGAUUCAGCCUUGUGAACCAGGCGACUCCAAUGAGUCACAACCCACUUUCGCUGCCCACAACAGUAUAGUACUGGGCGUGCAGACUCUUUCGGACGGUUGUGCUCUGGGAGAUUUCCUCACCUGGUCUAAGAACGGUGACAUCAAGUUUUGGAGCUCUCAAGGGGCGCUCAUAAAGCAUGAGAUUGUCGACCUCGAUAACAGCAGUGCAGAUUCGAACGACAGUGAAAACGAGUUGACUCGCGUACGAUACGUACAGGAUUUCAACAGCUUCGUCGUGGGAGAUCGAUUCGGUUUACUCAAAUUGAUCAAGGUGUCAGAGUGGGAAGAAGUGCAGAUGAUCCGGGCUCACAGUGCAGAAAUCACGAGCAUCGCAAGUCAUGACGCUGGAUCCUUGAUAGCGACGUGCAGCAGGGAUCGGAUGGUGCAACUGUAUCGAAUCGCCGGGGAUGGUUUUGAAUUGCUGCAAACUAUGGAUGAUCAUGUCGGGUCGGUCAACCAAGUCCUGUUUGUGCAAGAAGGGGGAAAGUUGUUGUCCUGCUCAGCCGAUCGCUCACUUGUCAUCCGAGAUCGUGUUCUGCGCGACCAGGAUGGCGUUCAGACACCAGUAUAUCUGAACACCAAAGUGUUGACCCUGAAAGGGUCACCUCUGUCGAUGACAAUCUCCACAGAUGAUCUGUUGCUGGUGUCCAGUAUGGAUCGCCGUGUGACCCAGGUUGAGAUCUCGGCGGGAACUUUGAACGACUCGUUCAAGGUCGGGGAUGCGGAAAACGAAGACACUGUGUUCCUUAACUCUAUGGUCUGCUCCGCGAGUCCCGAAAGCGCGGACAGUUCGCAUCGUCUUGUGAUCGGUUAUUGUUCUAUGGACAAAUCGAUACGCGUGUACAACGAGAAAAACAUGGCUCUUUUGGGUCGAGAAUCUGGGCACACAGAAGGAGUCAGCGAUAUCGCCCUGCUGAGACAAACCGUCCAGGAAGCCAACGGCACUCGCCAAUGCACUGUCGUAAGCACGGGCUUGGAUGGCACGAUAAUGAUAUGGAGAAUCUUCAGAGCAGCGUUGUCGUUGUCGCUGGACGCGCAAGACCCGCGCACGCCUGGGUUGGGGAUAUCCACUGACGAAUCUGAUGGCGAGAUGGCACCGAAGCUGACUCCUGCAUCUCUCCCGCCAUUGAGAAAGGUGUUGACAAAGAUGGAUCUCGCAGAAUUGACCAAUGGUGCUCCCUCGCCCACGACACCCCGGUCACUGUCUCCUGUCCGGCUGAAACGUAAAACUUCCAGGCUUGCUCUGUCAACUACGAUGGAAGACGUCGAAGACACCCCGACGAAGUCGGUCAAUGUGCCUGCGCCGGCCAAGUCACCUAAUCCCGAGCACACAGAUCCACGCCGUUCCCCAUCUCCGCCAGCUCGGACUACGUCUCGACCGAGAAAGCAACGGUCGAGGCUCGACUUGGCCAAGGAUGCAGCCACAGGGGAGAAGGCAUCAGGAGCGAUCGAGCGUUCGCACUCUCCUCCCCCGGUGCCCCUGUCGAUGCCGGGGACGCCCAAGAGCCGUCAGAAGCCGAACAACGGCCGACUGCGGCGGCCUCCCUCGGUCCCGGAACUUCGGUCACAAUCUUUCGCCGCGAGUCGCAGGCAGAGCAUGAGCCAGGCGUCCGACUUUGGCAGUGUGGGCAUGGCGACGGAGCAAGCGGCGCGCAUGUUGAAGACGUAUCGCAAGAAGUUGACCCUGGCCAAGGACAAGGUGGACCUGGACGACCUGGAGGACGAAGUCACUGCGCUGCUGAAGAUCAUCAGAGAGCGAAAAGCCUCGGACCGGCCGCCGUUGCCGCAGUCGAAACCGGACCUGUCGAACGUGGUGGCGGUGGGCGGGCCCGGUAGAAGGGCACAGGCCAAAGCCGCGACCGAGGGCGACGUGGAGCAGUUGACGGUGCUCCUGGAACGAUCGAACAUGGCGGACGUACCGCCAUCAUCAAUGACGUUAAUGAAGGCCAAAGGCCAGGGUAUCUCUGCCGAGGAAUGAAUUUUUGUUUGUUGGUUUUUUUCGUGGAUUUUUUGCGUUUAUACUUAUCUUACGGACUUUGGGCAUUUUUCCAUUCUGGGGGUUUCAAGCAUUACUUUGUUUCUCUCACAAAUGGGGAGCGAAACGUGCCAUCAAAAGAGCAUGCAUGACAGCGGCGAGUUCCUAAUGACGCUGCAAGGUAUGCGCGGGUUUGGUUUUUUUUUUCCCUUGGCUCUUUUUGGAAUUUGUGGUGAGCGUUUCUUGUAUAGUACAAACCUACGCCUGGUACAGAUCAGCAUGGCCCGAGAGAGAGAGAGACAGAGAGAGACAGAGAGAGAGACCGGCCGGCUUCAGAAGGGAAAACAGGACGAAUGAGGAGGAAUCUUGUCGGAGGAGAGAGACAAGAAGGGUUGAAUUCAAAUACAGGACCACCUCACGCCGUAACUAGCUGCAGUGUACGGGGAAGGUCCCGGAACUACCUAGGUAUUGAGAAGGUCAUCG